AUGACGGACCAGCUUUGUUGCAUGGUGAGGGUGGAAGACGCCUUUGAGAGGUUACCGGGUUUCAAGAACGUCCGUGUCAUCGAAUUCAGACCUCAGAAGGACCUGGAGAGGGGUCUGGUGGUCCUGGUUCACUACGCUCUGACCGUGGAGGUGGACGGCGGCGGCAUUGCCAACGACACGCUGGACUUCAUCUCUCUGCAGAACAACCUGGUGGAGAAGAACUACCCUACGGCGCCCGAGCAGCCCACUGUGGUCUACACCAUCACCGACUUCAGGAACUACAUCACCGAGGCCUUGCACAAAGACAACUUUAUGACCAACAGCAGCCUGGGGACAGAGACGCACACCCUGCAGGAGGAGAACGCUGAGAACUGGCUCCCCUCUGUGAGGCCGACGAGCCGGACGGUCGACGCCUACGACAGCAUGGAUAACAUCCUGGCCGCCGAGAAGCCUCCUGAUGCUCCCAGCCACGAGCCAGAAACCAACGAGGGCUUCCUGAAGAAAGACGACUUCCUGUUUGACCAACUGGACCCGUGGAAAGGCGCUCGGAGUGAGGAGGUCAGCGAGAAUGACGUCUUCAUGUUCGACGAGAGCGCCGCUCCCCCCACUAUCUCUGAGCUCACCGAGCAGACCAUCGACCUGGAAGCUGCGGCAGCGGCAGAGGAUCCCGUGAACAUCGAAGACGAAGGCUUCCUCGUCACUAAUGCUGCUGAUGAUCAACCGACCCGUGGUGACAACGCCAUUGGUCCUGGAGGCAUAACAUCACCGGCCCCACCUCUGCUGGUUAAAGUGGACUCUGACAUGGAUCAUGGUUCAGGCUCCGGUUUCUCUGGAGACGGCCCAGGCUCUGACGUGUUGUGGUGGCAGCCUGCAGAGGCGUCGGAGGAGUCUGACCUCUCUGACAACGACGGUGGCCUGGAGGUGAUCCCGCCUCCUGACCUGGAGGAGACUGAGGACGAGGAGGAGGACAAAACAGCAGGUUCAGAACCUCUGAGCACAGAGAGAGAUGGGUUAACACCUGCUGAGAUCACCACUGUGCCGCCUCUGCUGACAUCACUUACUCUUUCUAAAGACAUCAGCAUCGAGGAACCGGACCUGGACCCCCUGGACCACAUUGUGAUCACUCCACACAUCAGCACAGACCCUCGCUACUCUACGACCACCGAAGCCCCUGUGUUCUCACCUGAGGCAACCCAAGCUGUGGACCUGUCGGUGCAGGCUGUGGAAGCGUCCGGGAUCUAUGAGGACUACCCUCUGAUAGAACCAGAGACGCCAUCAGAGCCAGGCUCUGAUGAUCCUGAACCAGAGCUCUGGACUUCUGCUGUUCCACCUGACUCAGAGGGCAGCGAGGAGGCCGAAGUGAGUGCUGAAGUGAGAACACAGCAUCCACCGGUGGUAGAAGAACCUGAUAGAGAGGACAAGAUCCAGGAAGAGGUGGCGGUCAGUCCACCAGAAGAUCCUGAACCAGAUCCUCCGUCUGUUACCGAGCACACUCCAGAUCUCACCAUGUUGACGGACCGUCCCGGACUGGAGCAGCCAGAGACAGAAGGUCUGAACGAGAUGGAGGUUUUAGAGGAGCAGCACAUUGGGGUCUCUGAUCCUGAGAACACCACAGGACCGUCGCUCAUCCAGGACCAGGAUCUGAUUGACGACGAGGUUAUAGUUGUGACCAUGACAACAGCUGCUCCACCUCUGGUUCCCAGCGUCAGUUCAGAGAACAUUUACAACGUGGAGCACUCACCUGAGAAGGAUUCACCUUUCACACGAGUGUCCGAUGUGGCUCCCGACGACGACGACCUGAUCCACCAGGAUCCUCUGAACCACGAAGAUGAAAGAACUCCAACCUCUCAUCCUAUCACAGAGGCCCCUCUGCUCAUUCCCAAUGUGGUCCUGAAUCAGACCGACGACCCUCCCGUGUACAGCGUAGAGUGGUCUCCGAGUAUUCCAGCGAAGGAUAGAGACCUGGUUACCACAGCAGCAGAUUCCACUGAGACCGAGUCUGAUAACGAGAUCCUCCAAACGUCACCCACUCAGAGAGUCGACCUCAGCAGGAUCCAGCCAGUCGACAUGGAUUUUUCAGACAUCCCAACCAUUGACGUCAGCUUUGACGUGUUCCCGUACGGAGUAGGGGGGUCAGACGACAGCAGUGGCUUCUCCAGUGGGACUCAGGGAUCUGAACUGGACGCCAUCGCGCUACCAACUCCACCUGGCAGAGACCUGAUGGUGUUCUUCAGGCUACGAGUGACCAACAUGAUAUUCUCCAUGGAUCUCUUCAACAAGAGCUCGUCUGAGUACAAAGCUCUGGAGCAACGCUUCCUUCAGCUGCUUGUGCCGUACCUUCAGUCCAACCUGAACAACUUUCAGAACCUAGAAAUCCUGAACUUCAGGAACGGCAGCAUCGUGGUCAACAGCAGGAUGAGAUUUGGUAAACCCGUCCCCAGCGGCGUCACCAGCACAGUCUACCUCAUUCUGGAGGAUUUUGCUAACACAGCAUACCAGACCAUGAACCUGGCUAUUGACAAGUACUCUCUGGAUGUGGAGUCAGGUGACCGUGCUGACCCGUGUAAGUUCCAGGCGUGUAACGAAUUCUCCAAGUGUAUGGUCAAUCAGUGGUCAGGAGAGGCUGAGUGCGUUUGUGACCCCGGAUACCUCAGCGUGGAUGGUCUGCCAUGUCGGAGCGUCUGCGAAGUUCAGCAAGACUUCUGCCUCAAUGACGGCAAAUGUGACAUAAUCCCUGGCAAGGGCGCCAUCUGCAGGUGUCGUGUCGGGGAGAACUGGUGGUACCGUGGCGAGCACUGUGAAGAGUACGUCUCUGAGCCGCUGGUGGUCGGCAUCGCUAUCGUCUCGGUGGUCGGCUUCCUCCUGGUUUCUGGAGGAAUCAUCUUCUUCUUGGCGAGAACGCUGAGAGAGCAGUACGACGGGGAGGACUCUGAGGACCCUCUACGACGGGGCGACAGUGUUCCGACUCUGGAGCGAGCCACCAAGUUUAACCCAAUGUUUGAGAGUGACCCAGUGACUGCUCAGUACUACCGCCGCUAUGAUGAUGUGGGACCACAAUACAGCAGAUCAGUCAGCGCCGACGUUAAAGAGCUGAACUGUGACGAGAUCCGACAAAUCUACCAGAACUCCACACUCUCCAAAGAGGAGAUCGAGGAGCGUCUGAGGAUCAUUGACCUUUGCUCCCGAGAUCAGCAGUUCGCUGACUUUGUUCGACAGACUCAAGUAUUCCUGGAGAGGAGAGGGAGCUCCACCACAUAACAAGCCAUGAGCCGCUGACCUCCAGAACCCUGCCUUCAUCUUUGACCUGCUGAACCGAGACAAGUCUGUCCGCCGCCGUAUCUACGCUCCGGAAGUGAAGGUGACGUCUCUCUGGGAGGUUUCCUGAGGAGCCUGCUUCCUCCUGAACUUUGACCUCUGCAGGUCAACGCCUCCUCCUCUUCAUCCCUCUCUGCUUCUCACAUUCACGCCGUCUUACUUGGGUUUUUCUCCGUCUGCUCCGUGGUUUCUGUGCUGUCCUGGGACUGACCUUUUCCGUUCUUCCUGUCCCUCGGGGUCGCUCCUCCUCUCUGUGCCUUCAGCGCUCUGUUAGCUUCUUUUGGACCGUUACGUAGACUCUCUGAAUCCUCACCGUCAGUGAUCCUGGAUCUGUACCAGCUCUUAGUCCAGGGCUACGCCUCCUUCACAUCAAUGUUUACAUGAACAAGGCUGGAGUGUUAGCGGGUGCUAGAACACCCUAGAACAUGUCUAGAACAUGAGUAGAACACGAGUAGAACAUGUGUUUGCUGUGGGUGUGCUGAGUGUUUAAUGAAGACGUCCUUUCUGUGGUCAUCCAAAGAGGAACUCCAUCAAACUGUCUGUGAUCGUCUCCCAGUUUAAAGAGAGAAGGGUCGGCC